CUCCUCGCCAUUGUUGCGAGCCCCUGCACAAGUCUCUCGGAGCUAUCAACACUGAACCAAUAUCCAUUGACCACACACAUCACUACGCCGCUCGCCCAACAUGCAUCGCACUUAUUCCAUGCGCCAGUCUCGCGCGCCCACCGCGUCGCAGAUUCAGAACCCGCCACCACCGUCGUCGUCGACGAAGGGCGGUCGUCUCUUUGGAAAGGCCAAUAUCGGCCACACAUUCCGCAAGUCGGUUCAUCCAGGGGCCUUCGGUCCAGAUCUCGCAAAGAAGCUUUCGCAGCUCGUGAAGAUGGAGAAAAACGUCAUGCGAUCCAUGGAGCUUGUCGGCAGGGAGCGCAUGGAGGUUGCACAACAACUCUCCAUCUGGGGUGAAGGCUGUGACGAUGAUGUCUCAGAUGUCACCGACAAGCUUGGAGUUCUCAUCUACGAGAUUGGUGAACUCGAAGACCAAUUCGUCGACCGAUACGAUCAGUACCGUGUUACCAUGAAAAGCAUUCGAAACAUCGAGGCUUCCGUCCAGCCAAGCAGAGACCGCAAGCAGAAGAUCACCGACCAGAUCGCACAGCUCAAGUACAAGGAGCCAAACAGCCCGAAGAUCGUCGUUCUUGAGCAAGAACUCGUCCGCGCUGAGGCAGAGUCUCUCGUUGCUGAGGCCCAGCUAUCCAACAUCACCCGCGAGAAGCUGAAGGCUGCUUUCACUUACCAGUUUGACGCGCUUCGUGAGCACAGCGAGAAGUUGGCCAUCAUCGCCGGCUACGGCAAGCACUUGCUCGAGUUGGUUGAUGACACUCCAGUCACUCCUGGCGAGACUCGCAACGCAUACGACGGCUACGAGGCUUCCAAGGCCAUCAUCCAAGACUGCGAAGAUGCCCUCACCAACUGGGUCGAGCAGAACGCUGCUGUCAAGCCCAGCUUGUCCACCCGGGCACGCACCCUGUCUCAGCGCCGCCGCAACAAGGCACAAGGUGUCGACCUUGCCGACCAAGAUCAAGACCGUGAGUCUGGUUUGUGGGUCUCGGCUGACCAGCAUGCUGGACAAGAGUACGAGGAGGAUGAGUCCGUCCGCGGGCGGGAUGAAGAGCGCGCGGUCGCUGCAUAAACAGCGAGGAAUUUGGUUCUGAGGAAAAGGUUUGAAGCUUUAUACCCGAGGGAGCGAAGCGCGGUCAUAACUGUACGAGCAAAUUCACAGCACAGACGACCUAAUGAGUGUAUUGAUUGGUUUGGUAGUUUGGGUACAUGAAUAAUGUUUUACUAUUUGGUCAGCGUUUG